AUGCCAUAUGAAUGUAAGCUAGCGCAGACAUCAGCGAAAGCGCGUCAGACGCCCGAGGAUGAAUACCCUGAAUGCAUCAGGGCUCAUCCUACGCAGCUACAGACUCGGACUCCGCGGUUUCGCUUGGGGCCACCGCCAUCUCAGGGCCUGAAUGUUCAGUUCGCAUCAACUCCUCACUUCCUGUUCGGCAGCGGCGGUAGUAGCCAGCCUCAAGGACCCGCAACGGAUGAUGAGAUCACUCAGGACGAUCCGGAGAAUGCUCCCAGCUUAAAAAGACCUUCAUCCGCUGUUAAUGGGGAAGUAAUUCGUGAUUCAGAUUCGGAAACGGUAAAUGACCAAGGCAUCUCGCCACGCCGCGAACAUGAUCUAACCAUAACCGACGAUGACGAUGACGACGACGACGACGAUGAAAUGCUGCUCUCACUUUCUCCAACCCUCCCAAGAACAAAGAGGCGGCGGCAGUUCUCUAGAUCACCCUCUGUGGAUGGUGAUCUGGGGGUCAGGAGCAUUCCCGGAGUUGAUAUUAUUACAUCUUCGUCUCCGGGAAGUCCGUCCACCGUGUUUGCGGGAGACCAGAUGAGUCCGCCCUCAGAGCUACACGAAGAAGAGUUCAUUACACCUCCUCGACGGGAGAUAUUCCCUCCAAGACCGGGCUCCCAGGCAUCAUUAUCAGCCAGACACCCUCUAUUUGUGGCCAAACUGGGGCAAACAGAUACUCCAACUCCAGGGAAUCAAACUAACUCUCAGGCCUUUAUACAUAAUGUAAUUGGCCCUGAAUCUACGCCACGGCAGAAACCGCGAUUUGUUCUCCCGUCUACCCCCGAUGGAGCAAAUGGCAAGAAAGGAGCAGUCCCUAUAACCACUCCAAUCCCAUUCUCACCACUGGCAUGCCGUACAAAGCGUGUUCGUGCAGGCUCUCUAGUAAGUCCGGAUUUUGUUCCUAAGGGUAUGGCGGCGGAAGUCCGAAAUUGGAUAUUCGAGCUCGGGGCCAAACGCCUAGUUACUCCUCAUGCUACGCCAGGUUCGAUGCUCUUUCCAUCAGAGAGCCCAUUCCAAGGUGCUAAGGAUGCCGACGCAAGCCAAAUCAACCCUUCAGACAGGUAUUGCCUUACUAGGGAAAUUGCCUCGUUGAAGCAUUCGAUGGAGCACUGCAGGGGUCAACCUCGGUGUAAAGCUCAUUGCGCUUCAGCUGGUCACCCAGCUCCUUUCAUAAUGGCCACCUUGCGCAAACAAGGUGCAGAGGCAGAACUUUCAGCCCACCAGGUUCUAUUAUUUAACCAUCCUUUGCAAGUAACCUCACGGACAAACCCUGGUUUUUCGAGUCUACAAACCGGCGAUUAUGUUGGGAUCAGAAGAGGACUAGCUUGGGAGAUCGAGAUUGAUUUGACAAUUUCUAGGGAAAAUGAUGUUAAAAUUACUGAAAAAGCAUCUUCGGCAUGUCUGGUGGGCGUUGAGUGGGAUAUACUGGACUGA